CGGCCGCGCGCAAGCAUGAUGCCGAACCCAUCUGCGCUGUUGUCGAUUCGUGACCAUGAGGUGUGGUUCAACGACGACCCGAGGUUCGAUGGGAGUUUCCCACGUCAGGUGAUACCGUUUUUGUACCUUGGGAACUUGAACGAUGCUACGAACGCAUACAUGCUGCAUGCGCUCGGGAUCACGCACGUCGUCGCUGUCAGCGAGUGGGCGCUUAUGCCACCACUUAACCUGGAGGCGUCCGCCUCAGAAUCGUCAUGUGCCUAUGCUGGCGUGAACCUGAAUGCGCAGUUUGUCCCUGGCAACGGCCCGCAUGGACAUGGUUCGCUCUUCAUUGAGGAGCAUGAGAUCCGAUUCAAGGUGCUCGACAUAGUGCGAUGAUGGGAUUGACACGCUGGAGCCGCAAUAGGAGCCGAUUUGUGAGUGGAUCGAUAGGGCGCGCCAGGAUGGAGGGAAAGUGCUGGUGCAUUGUCGUGUAGGCGUGUCCCGCAGUGCGACUGUCACGAUCGCAUAUGUGAUGAAGCACCUGAACCUGCCUCUGGUUGACGCCUACUUGAUCCUUUCCUCCCGUCGUCUCUCUGUCUGAUCCAGCCUCAAUGAGACUGCUGUACAACCUCCUCGGAUGGGAGGUCAAGCUGGCAUGCCAGCGCGCAGGCGAUAACGAGCGCAAGCUGCAGGCUGACCUCGCGCGGAGUCUCAACUGACCAUACCUCGCGAAGGAAGUGCACGCGCUCAAUGAGAAGUAUCUGCACUAGUCCGCGGGCCAUAGAGCCCAUUUGUGCUUCCUUCACUGCUUCGAUGGUAGUCUGGGUUGCUGCCUUUGCA